GUUGUAAUAUUUGCAUACAGGGGGCUCGACCAAUCCCGUGGACAGGAGCAACGUUUGCAUGCCUGGCCUAUAGGCAGAGAUAACGGUCUACAUAUGAUUAGCAUGUGGUUAUGGAAGGUGUUUCGUGUUGAUCCAGUAUGUGGUGACAGUUCUCAGUUUGCGCCGUGGACCUGCUGGUUGAACUCUUCGAUCCUCUGGAGGGAAUAAUAUUUCUGUAGCACAACAUGCCUAAAAGGAAGUCUCCUGAAGGGGCCCAUGCCAAGGAUGCCUCCAAGGUCACCAAGCAGAAGGUCACCAAGCAGGAGCCUACCAGGCGGUCAGAGAGGUUGUCAUCGAAACCAGCUCCUCCCAAACCUGUUGAGGUCAAACUUAAGAAGGCUAUAUCCAAGGACAUGAAGGAAAAGAAAGGUGGCGCUAAGGUGAAGGAGGAUGGCCCCUCCCAGAACGGACAGGCUAUGACUGAGGAGGAGACUGAGGCUGUGGAGGCGGAGUCGGUCAAGGAGAAGGAAUGAGGAAGUGGGGGGGUCUUUCUCUGACUCCUCCCAAACCAGUACCAUGGAAACGGAGGAUUAUUUUUUUUCCAGGAUUUUGUAAAAUGCUGAUUUUCUUUUUUUGUUUGUCCUGUGAUACUAGCAAAGAUAACCAGCAGCAACCCACUUCCACACUCCUUACAGUUGUCUCUCCCUCUCCUCUCCUUUUCUUUCCUUUCCUUCCUGGAAGACAGAAUGAAGUGACAUGUUUUUAUAAAAUGGCUGCAAGUAUUCUUCCUCUGGCAGUGGGAGGAGCCUCAUGGGGUCACCAUGGUGAUGCCUCUCAGUUCCUCUCUAAACAAUGUCAUGUCCUCCUGACCGUGAUGGCUCUUUUGUGAUGACAUCGCUGUAAAUUAAGUGGACCUUCCACCUCUGACAUCAGAGACCCAAGGGUCAGACUAGGCUCCUAUGAUAUAACAAGUGACCUUUGACCCUGACCAUGUUGCCAUGGUGAAUAUUUGCAGCUUUUUAAACAGAUUUAGAAGUUUUCAGAAUCGCCAGCACUCCUGUGUUGUAAUUUGUGAGUCUGUGGUUGUCUGUCAGUGAACUGUUCUAGAACUCUGGCUUCCAGAACCUCUGGGUUCCACCCUGGUUGUCUGUCAGAGCAGACUGUUCUAGAACUCUGGCUUCCAGAACCUCUGGGUUCCACCCUGGUUGUCUGUCAGAGCAGCAUAGCAAUAACAAGUGGCGCUUCUGUUCUAGAACUCUGAGGCUUCUAGAACCUCUCUGGGUUCCACCCUGCCUGUGGGAAAACAUUAUUUUGAAAUAAAAACAGAGUUGACAUUU